AUCCGUGGCCUCUGCUGCAGUCGUGGGACGCGUCGAGCCCGACAGUAGUGGCGGGGGUUUGGGAGAAGUCCAGACCUGGUGAGGGGUUCCAGUUCCAGAGGAAGGCACGGGCGGCGGAGCUCGACCUGGGAGGGAUUUUUUUCUGCUGACUCUCAUCUUUGUCUGGAAAACUGGAUCCUUCCGACCAUAUGGGGAUGAACCAUAUGGGGAUGAACCAUAUGGAGAUGAACCACAUGGACAACAGUACCAUGCCACCUCACCAUCACCCCACUACCUCCCACUCCCAUGGUGGAGGCGACGGCAUGAUGAUGAUGAUGCCUAUGACCUUCUACUUUGGCUUUGAUAAUGUGGAACUAUUGUUUUCCGGUUUGGUAAUCAACACACCUGGAGAGAUGGCUGGAGCUUUCGUGGCCGUGUUCUUACUAGCGAUGUUUUAUGAAGGACUCAAGAUAGCCAGAGAAGGUCUGCUGCGCAAGUCUCAGGUCAGCAUUCGCUACAAUUCCAUGCCUGUCCCCGGACCAAAUGGAACCAUCCUGAUGGAGACGCACAAAACUGUUGGGCAGCAGAUGCUGAGCUUCCCCCACCUCCUGCAGACAGUGCUGCACAUUAUCCAGGUAGUCAUCAGCUACUUCCUCAUGCUCAUCUUCAUGACCUACAAUGGGUACCUCUGCAUCGCAGUAGCAGCAGGGGCUGGGACGGGAUACUUUCUCUUCAGCUGGAAGAAGGCAGUGGUAGUGGACAUCACAGAGCACUGCCAUUAACAUCAGACUCCACAUGUGGCCUUAUCAAUUGUAUGUAGGAAGCAUCUCGGGACCGGAAGAUGUGAUUCCCUCUCCAAUCAUCCCUUCUCUCUCCUGUCUCUUUAUGCACACACACUGAAUAGAGGCUUAGUUACAGUCUCUGAGUAGUGGUUUUUCUAAUAAGAUGAAAUUGACUUUGUCUUGAGAAGCCAUCUGUGAGAUGUCUUCUCUCUCAUAAUCCUGAGUCUUGUCUAAUCCAGGUAGCUUCCUAGUUAAUGACUUGAUUAUCUGCUUCUUUUUAUUUUUCUGGGUUUUUUUUUGGGGGGGGGUGCAUUUUUGUUUUAAACAGAUGAUAUGUGUGUUGGGUGGGUGGGGUUCUGGGUCAGUAACAGAAAGGGAUUUUAACUUCAUAAAGAAUUGAUGGUAAUUAGGGACAUCUCACCCAACCCGGGACUUAAAUUUCACACUAGAAAAUAAGCUCCAGUCUUAGCAAGCGGGAAACACAUUGUGCCUUUCUCUAGGUGUGAUGUGUUACACCAAAAUACUAGUAGUGUGUGGAGCGUGGUUAGGGACUAAAUGCGGCCUAUGGUUUGUGGAGUAUGUAUUCUUCCUCACUCACCAACAUUUGUUCCCAUUAACAUUUGGAUUAGAAGUGAACUUACCAAUCAAAGCAAAACAGGACAAUCAAUUUGAGAUAGCAGAAAUAGAGAUUGUUAAAUAAAACCAUUGCCAUUUUACUUUGACUCAGUACUUUGGUUUGUCCCAACUGAACAAAGCAAAGUUUGUAUUGUUUUUCCUAUUAUUGUUUUUGUGUAUGUUCCUUGAAACCAGUGAUUUUUCAAACUUUAGAAUGUUUCAGAAUCACCCAGAGGGCUUGUUAAGACACUACUUGGUGGACAUCAACCCUAGAGCCACCAAUUUGGCAUUUCUAAGUUCCUAGGUGACAUUUCUGCUGACAUCAAGAGGAUUACCCUAAGAGUCAGCAUUAAAAUAGCAAAGUUGCACCUGGAAGGGACAGAGGGUGGGGCUCCCUGGCAUCAGGCAUGAGAAUCAGAAUUGCUGGUUGGUAGGUGGUAUGUCUUGGGCACAUGUCAUAUCUAAAUGCUGCUGGUCAAUACUUAUUCAUUCCACAAACUUAUUUAGCUCCAAAUAGGCUUUAUGUAUAUACACACACUUGUGUAUAGCCAAAGUACACUUAGCAGCAUAUAUAGUCUCUAGUCCUGACUUAAAGAUCUGGGGUUCCUUGGAAGUAGUUUGAAGGCCAGGAGACCUUUGUCCUGUAGUGCAGGUCAGCCAGUCCAAGGCCAGAAGGGCAAAAACCCGACUUUCUGUUUGGAGAGACGUGGGGCAUGGUCUAGUAGCCAGAUUUUUCUCAGUGAGCAUUAUGUAGGUCCCCAUCCUCCGCUUGACCACCUUUAUCAUUUAUGGGGGUUCACAUAGCUCAGAGUGGCCAAAACCCCUUUUCUCACUGAAGAAUCCCCUUGGAUGUGCUGUCAAUCACUAGUCUCCAUGCAGGCUUGUUCCCAAACUACCUCUUUAAAGUGAUUCUUCUUCCUGUGCUCGUCUGUUCAUCCCUCCUUCUUUGGUGCUAGAUCCGUUGUGCCUCGGAACAGAAGAAACAAACCUGCUGUCUUGUUGGCCAGUGUUGUGAUUCUGAAGUUUAUACUUCCUCUCUAUGGGUGCCAAUUAAACCUCGGAGAACAAGGAAUGUGCUCUUUGGUAGCUUUGACCCAAGAGAGGGUUAAAAGCCUACUGGAUAGAGACUAAAAAAAAUCUAAGAAAUUCACUUUAGAGCUUCGCUUUUCUCUUCAUUCAGUCCUGUUGUGCUGGUUUUUAGCAUUGCACAGUGAAUGCCAGGUACUGACGGAGCCCGACAUUAUGGUGCAGACAGAUGUACCCCGUUGUUAUCUCAGAAGCCAAGGAAUAAACAACCCAGGGGAAUACAAAACCCACAUUCAGUGGGGACCCUGGUGCUUUCUAGAAAUCUCCAGGUGAGCUGCCAUAAAACACCUUCCCGGGGCUGAGAUGCAGCUCAGAUGGGGAUCACUUAGCUAGCAUAUGCAGGCCUUGUUUAACCAACACCCUAAAAAUAAAGCAUACACUAUCAGAAACAAGACCUUACCAGUGAGGUGGGAAGAACCAGGGCCAGUUAGGACAGGGUGCUAUGAAUCUGAAACCAAGAGAAACCUCACUUUGACGUGGUUCUUCGGGUUAGAAGCAGUCUACUGCAAAACCUGCACUUGAGAUCCCUGACUAGGUUCUGGAGGGUGUGGUUAGUACUGGACAGAUGUAAGCUUAAAUCCAUGCUCUUGAACAUUAAUGCCCAGCUCUUGUGUUCAUCUAAACGUCUCCUUCUUCUGUGGGAAGACUGGGUCUAAAUUUCUUGAGCCCUGCUUACUUUUUCCUUCCUGUCUUAUCCCAGGCAGCUUAGUUUUUUUAAAGUCUCUCAGCUUCCUGAUGCAGUAGGCAUCGCAAUGCUGUGCUUAUAAUUAUCUUACCGAUUAGAACUUGGUAUUUAUAACUGGGUACAGGCCUUAAGUUUGCUUCAAGAAGCAGUUGCCCCAUUAGUUUCUAUAAAGCUGAGUAAAGGAUUACCUACCCCCAGAGUUACAGAUCCUAGGUACUAACUCCAGUCCAAGAUGCAAGAACACUCAACAUCCCAUUUCCCACAUAGGGAAGCUCCUCAGCAUCCAUCAAAGUUUCUUUACUAUUAUGGUAGGGUUGUCCCAAAUUCCCUUUCAGACUGUGGGCUUGGGUUCCUUACUAGACUCAGGAGAGUGAGGCGGGGUGUACGUCAUAUCAUUUAAUCUUGAGCCUGCCCUUUCCAGCCACUUCAGAAAAUUCAUCUAAAUGACAAGUCUGCAUUUGAUGUAAUGCCUUAAUCACUGGGUCUCCGUUCGUGUUGACUGUUUCAGAGACUGUAAGCUCCCAGAGAGCAGGACUGCUGUAAUGGGAACGUUGUAAGUGUUGUGUGCAAGAGAACAAAAUAAAUGUCUUGAUUUUGUGAUUCUA